GAAGAGAGGGGUAUCUGGAUGUUGUUUCAUCCAUCCCCUUUCUGCGUUCUUCUGUGGGAAGAGUUCUAGCAUUUAGCGCUUUCGAUUUUCUACCUCGCAUCUCUCUCCCUCUACCUUCCUUGCCUCCCACACCCCACACACGUACUCGAGUAAUGUUUGUUCAGUGUGUUGUCGCUGCGAUCAGAGGAAUACCCAACGUGCGCCAAGUCACAGAACAUCACGAGUGUCUAUUCGUUCUUUCAUCUUCUUUUUUUAAAAAACGAAGUGCUUACAGUGCCAUCUCAUAAAGAACACGUCACCCCUGAUACAACCCUGGAAGAGGAACGAGCUCUUCUGUUUCACGCAAGACGAGUUUUAACUGAGUGAAAAAUUCGGCACACUCUUUGGAUAAGUCAGUAUCUGUGCACGAGGUGAGCAAACCGUCUAGAGGAUUAGCAUAAUAAUGUGCAAAAGAAAUGGUGCAAUACUGAAAGGAUAGCGGACUAUUCUGGGAGUACCAAAGUGUUGUGCGAUUGUAUUGUGAACAACAGACAUCGACCCUAGGCGACCAUCGCCUUAUUUAGAUUUUGUGGAAGUUGCGACACAAAGCAUCAUCCUGGGUCUACUUUCCAGCUCCGACCUCGAAGAGGAUUACUUGGCACCAGAGCUGUACCCGUGCCUGAGGGAUGGCGCCGCCACGGAAGACCUCCCGGACUCCAGGGAAGCCCUGUUUGAGCUGUCCCCGGAGGGAGAUCGUGCCAAAGAAGCCCUCAAGAAACAUAUGCGGAGGAAACACAGCGAGCAUCGGAUUCCCUCAAAGAGACGGAGUCCAAUACUACGACGUUCGGUGGAGAAAAUGAAAGAAUCCCUCAACUGUGGAUCGUGCUCCCGGAAGUCGUGCUGUAACUACGCCAAACGAUUAUUCCCCUUCACGCGCAUGCUCAAUGGCUACAGCGGCCUCUACGAUCUACCAUGUGACCUCAUAGCUGGCCUUACGGUGGGAAUCAUGCACAUUCCUCAAGGUAUGGCGUAUGCACUGCUGACUCAGCUGCCCCCUGUGUACGGUCUUUAUACCUCUUUCUUCCCUGUACUCAUCUACUUCAUCUUCGGCACCUCGAAACACAUCUCUGUCGGGACAUUCGCCGUGGUGUCUCUCAUGGUCGGAGCAGUGGUGGACAAAGGUCACGUGGCCUGGCAACGCCAGGAGCUCCAGGGAGCCAUCCACGACAUCGAGGCGGGGCAAAAUAUCACUCACUCCAUAGGGGGCGUCACCACCACCCUCCCUCCUCCAGCAGCUGUCGGGGAACAGAACCUCACGGCCUGGGACCAGAUAUUUCGGCGCCAACAUAUCUCAGAACUGGAGGCCAUAAAAGUUGGUUAUGCAAUGGCUGUAACUUUUGCUGUGGGACUGCUGCAGGUGUUCCUCGGCACUAUGAGACUGGGAUUCCUCACGACCUUUCUGUCGGAUCCCCUGAUCAGCGGCUUCACCACAGGCGCUGCCAUACACGUCUUCUCCAGUCAGGUCAAGUCGGCCUUCGGUGUCAAGGUCAAACGAUUCAGCGGACCUCUCAAGCUAAUAUUUUCAUACAAAGAUUUCUUCUCAAAUUUAAACCAAGCCAACAUCGUUACCAUGACGGCAACCAUCGUGGCUAUCAUGGUUCUUGUGGCCAUCAGAGAAGGAAUUAACAACAACAAAACCUUCAAAGAAAAGAUGAAAGGAAUACCUGUCCCUGGCGAGCUUAUGGUGAUAAUUGGGGGCACCGUGCUGUCAUCUCACUACCAGCUGCACAGAGAGUUCGACGUGGAGGUCAUAGGUCACAUUCCAAAGGGGUUUCCGACAGCCAGCCUGUCGUUUAUGAAGUAUAUGCCGGAUGUGAUUGGAGAAUCCUUCGCCAUCUGUUUCACUGGGUUCGCCAUCUCGUUUGCCGUGGCGAAGAUUCUGGCUGACAAACAUAAUUACGUCGUGGAUCCGAAUCAGGAACUCGUGGCUCAUGGCCUCAGUAACAUCCUGGGGUCGAUGUGCUCAUCUUUCUGUAGCUCCGCAUCUCUCUCCAGGAGCAUGGUGCAAGACGGAGUGGGCGGGAAGACACAGAUCGUCAGUCUCGUCUCCAGUGUGCUUGUGGUAAUCGUGCUCCUGGCCCUGGGGCCGCUUUUCGAGUCUUUGCCAAAUAGCAUUCUGGCUGCAAUUAUCAUUGUGUCCUUGAAAGGUCUAUUCCUGCAGUUCGGAGAGCUGAAACGACUUUGGCGAGUCUCAAAAGUGGAUUAUGUGUGCAUGGCGACCUCGGACACCUGGCCGGACGAGCCGUGUGAGAGUCACGGGAACGGAGCAGCCCUCAACGGUCAAACUUUGCCGGCCAACUGUGAGACGUUCGCCAUCAUCAUCGACGGCUCCGCCAUCCAGUAUGUGGACAGCGUCACCGUUAGGGUGCUCAAAGAGAUUGUCCUGGAGUUUCGACAGGUUGAUAUUGAGAUCUUUCUGGGGGAAUGCAAAGCCCCAGUUCGUGUAAUGUUGGACAAGUCAGGCUUCUACCAACACGUAUACCGUCGCAACGUCUGUGCCACCAUCCACCAUGCUGUGCAGGUAGCCCUCAAAAGUGCUGCCAUGUCCAGAGAGACUCUAGAUAGCUGUUACACAAUGGCUGCGGAGGAAUUUUUGUCCGACGCAGGAUUUGACAAGCUUGAACUGGAGACAUCUCUAGAGUCGGUGGACAGAAUAGCUGAGCCAGAGGAAGAGGAGAAAAACUGAAGAGAGAGAGAAAGAGAAGAGAGAGAAAAAAAGAGAGAGAGAUUGGGGAGAGAGAGGAGAAAUAGAGAU